AUGAAUUCCUAUAGGAAACACCUCUACAAUGUACACAUAAACAAGGCAUCGAGAGACGCCGUCCCAGAUGUGAACCUAGAGAGCGAUACCAGCGACUACACUCUACGCGACGAAAUCCUGGACCGUUCCGAUAUGGGAAGUCAGGGGGAGUGGACACAUGAAGGGCCGUCGUAUGAAUUCGUUGAUCUCGUUGAGGAUGCUACGAGAAACGUGUGUCGGCUCUUUUUCCGCCUGACACAAGAGCAUAAAGUUCCCGAGUCGGCCUGUGAAACUGCGUUUAGGGACUUGGAAUGUCUGAUGAGUUCCCUCUGGGAGCAGUUUACAAACACAGUAGGCUGCAAAAUCGGUGACGAACUUCUGUCUACACAUGAUGACCUAAGACAACUCCUAAAGUGUGACUUCAUGAAGCAACUUUUUGCUCCAGUUCGCACAGCCUACCAGCGAGAACAGUUCGCAAAGAGACACCUCCGUUACGUGGAACCCGUUCAGUGUCACUACGCUGGCGACAGGAACGAGUCGUUUCAGUACGUUCCUGUUGCAAGUGUCAUCAGAAAUGUUCUGGAGAGCCGAACGAUUGCUGACUCGCUUUUGAAUCCCCAGCCCCAGUGCGAUCCACAAAUCAUUAGCAGUUUCCGUGAUGGCACACUACAGCAACGACGCAAAGACACAAGGGAUCCAUCCACCACAUACAUCAUUUUGUACUCAGAUGAACUUGAAGUAGUGAACCCCAUUGGUCCCAAACGGGGUGUGCACAAACUACUAGUGGUAUAUUUUACCUUCUUGGAACUCCAUCCAAGAUUUCGGUCCCAGGUAAAGCAUAUACAUUUAGCCAUAGUCGCAAUGUACCCAGACACCAAGUGUCAUCUUGACGUGGUUCUACCACCACUGGUUAGCGACCUGAAUGUGCUUGUAACUGACGGAAUGGAUAUUAUUUCACCACUGGGCUCGCGGAAAAUGUUUGUGCGUGUUGUGGGCUUUUGUGGCGACAACUUGUCGAUGCACGCUAUUGGCGGCUUCACAUGCAGUUUCAGCUGUGGCAGGGUUUGCCGAUAUUGUUUAACGAGGUCAAGUCAACUGGGUGAAGUCAAGAGCGAACGUCACUGCAUUGUACGAGAUGCAAAGACACACAGUGCUCAGCUAGAAGCUAUACAGGUGAACCCUGACUUGACAUCUGCGUACGGUGUGCGAGAAAAGUCCCCACUGCUGGAGUUGGAAUCCUUCGACGUCACGCGCCAGCUUCCACCAGACGUAAUGCACGAUAUGUUCGAAGGAACGUUUGCUGUUAUCAUGCAUUACACCCUCAGAGGACUCGUUGAAGAUAAUAUCCUAACUGCCGAAGAUAUCCUGCGUGCCGAUACUUUCCCGUAUGCACCAACGACAACAGAAACAGGCCUGAGAAGAUCGGCGCGUCAUUUCUAA